AGCUUUCACGUUAUAAAAUCGUUACGUCAAUUCAUCAUAUAAGUCUUUUUUUCGAGCGCAUUCUAUUGGACAACCAAUCGUAAGCAAUCGUUAUAGUUUCACACGUGAUCACGCAUUGUAGGUAGGGUUUGUAAACCGAAGUAAACCGCCGUUCGACCUAUUUUUAAACAUUUACUUCUGGCAUCGGAUUCCAUACAAGUUUAAAAUAAACCUAACUUUGUACGUUUCUCGUGGCGUCUAGAACAUCCGUUGAAACCUUUUUAUUUGUGGCCAGCCGUCGUGGGAAUGCAUUAAGAAUACAGACUUUGAAGCAGUAGGAAACCAGAGUUGAUACUCUACAUUACUUUUCUAAAAUUCGUUUAACUGUUUUAUUAAGUUAUCGUUGACUCAGUGAAGUGUAUUUGUUUAUUUGACUGAUAUUUGAUUAUUUAUUUACGACUGACAGUAAAUUACGAAAAAUGACAAAAUCUGAAUUGACACCUCAUGAGUGGAAAGAAAGAGGAAACGAAGAAUUCAAGAAUGGGUUCUUUGAUAAAGCUUUAUCAUGUUAUACACAAGCUUUAAAACUUACUAAAGAAGAUAACUUUGAUAAAGCAAUUUACUACAAAAACAGAGCAGCAGUAUACUUGAAACAGAAGGACUAUGAAAAAGUUAUCAAAGAUUGUGAGGAGGCUUUAAAAAUCUCUCCGAAUGACCCAAAAGCUCUGUUUCGACGUUGUUUAGCUUUAGAAGCUUUGGAAAGGUUUGAAGAAGCAUAUCGGGAUGCCCGUGCUGUUAUUACAUCUGAUCCAGGUGAUAAAGCAAUUCAACCAAUUGCUUCUCGUCUUCAUGAAAUUUGUCAAGAGAGACUGAGACAAAAUUCCAAAACAUCUGCCAAGGUAGCACAAAUGUUUGAACUAGCUUUUGAUAUAAGCACCGAUAAGGAAAAAAGGGAAACUGCCAUGAACAACUUAUUAGUUUUGGCUAGAGAAAAAGCUGGAGCAGACAUCAUGUUCAAGCAAGGUGUAUCUACAAAGAUUCACCAGCUUCUAAAAUCUGAAAAAAAUGAGGUAAUAAUUCUUGCAGCAGUUCGUAUAUUAGCUGAAUUGUGUAAAGAUUGCAUAGAAAGAACUGAAACAAUAUUAAAAGAUAUCGGAGUACCUUGGUUUCUUGAUGUGCUCAAUAGCAAAAAUGAAGACAGAGUUAAUGCUGGACAGUAUUGUAUACAAACUGUUCUGAACUGCUACAGUGGUAUGGAUACAAAACCAGAUAGUAAACCUAAACCUGAAAUGUGUGAAAAGUACAAGAAAGAAAUCGAUACCAUUCUUUCAUGUUUAUUAUUCUGCACAACAAAUCGUACUUUUACGGGUUUGGGUAGAGAUGCUGUAAUUGAACUAAUCAUGAGAAACAUUCAUCAUGAUAUUUUGAAUUGGGCUGAACGAUUGGUAGAUCUUAGAGGUUUACAAAGGCUCAUGGAUGUGGCUAGUGAACUUGAAGAUUACAAAUAUGAAUCUGCUAUGGAUAUUACGGCAUCUACAAGGACUGUUACAAGUGUCUGUUUAGCCCGAAUUUAUGAAAAUAUGUACUAUGAUGCUGCUAAGAAGAAGUUUACAGAAGCCAUUGAUGAGUACAUCAAAGAUAAACUACUGGCACCUGAUAUAGAAUCCAAAGUACGUGUAACUGUUGCAAUAACAACUCUAUUGCUAGGACCUUUGGACGUUGGUAACAGCAUAAUUGGUAAAGACGGCAUUUUGCAAAUGAUUCUGGUAAUGGCUGGUAGUGACGAUUUACUUCAACAGAAGGUAGCCUGCGAAUGCAUCAUCGCCGCAGCUUCAAAGAAAGACAAAGCAACUGGUAUAAUAAACCAGGGUGUUAACAUUCUCAAAAAAUUAUAUCAAUCGAAGGACGAUUCCAUUCGUGUUCGCGCACUUGUGGGUCUUUGCAAGCUAAGUAGUUGCGGAGGUACAGAUGCGUCUAUCCGUCCAUUUGCCGAUGGAGCUUCGCAAAAGCUCGCCGAAGCUUGUAGAAGAUUCUUGAUCAAUCCAAACAAAGACAAAGAUAUGAGAAAAUGGGCUGUGGAAGGUCUGUCAUAUCUCACUUUCGACGCAGAUGUUAAGGAAAAAUUGAUCGAAGAUAAAAAUGCUAUUCAAGCUAUGAUUGAAUUGGCAAAGACAGGCGAUAAAUCUGUCGUUUACGGCGUAGUUACGACUCUUGUGAACCUUGUCAAUGCCUACGAUAAACAAGAGAUUAUUCCGGAAAUGAUCGAGCUUGCCAAGUUUGCCAAACAUCAUAUUCCAGAAGAAUCUGAAUUGGACGACGCCGACUUUGUAGCCAAGAGAGAAAUUUUCUUGGUAAAGGCUGGUGUUACAACUGCACUGGUGGCUCUGUCGAAAACCGACAGUCAGAACAGCAAAGAGUUGAUUGCUCGCGUGUUCAAUGCUAUCUGCAGUCAACAAGAAGUACGUGGAAUAGUCGUGCAACAAGGAGGUGCUAAAGCGCUUCUACCAUUAGCACUUGAUGGAACAGAUAAAGGGAAAAAGCAAGCUUCGCAAGCUCUAGCACGUCUGGGUAUUACUAUUAAUCCAGAAGUAGCUUUCCCAGGUCAAAGGAUUUAUGAAGUCAUUAGGCCACUUAUUAAUCUAUUGCAGCCAGAAUGCACUGCUUUGGAGAACUUUGAAGCUAUGAUGGCUCUUUGCAAUUUGGCUGGUACUAACGACAACGUAAGAAAGAGGAUAUUGAAAGAAGGAGGUUUCUUAAAGAUUGAAACAUACAUGUAUGAAGAACACGACAUGCUGAGAAAAGCUGCCACGCAAUGCAUCAACAAUUUAGUUAUGUGCGAAGAUACUAUCAAAUUCUUUGAAGGCAGCAAUGAUAGAGUAAAGUAUCUUGUGAUACUAUGCGAAGAGGAAGAUAUAGAUAUCGGUUUAGCAGCAUCUGGUGCUUUGGCUAUGAUAACUACGGCAAGUAAAGCUGCUUGCUGCAAAUUCUUUGACACAAACAAAUGGCUUGACGUCAUGAAAUAUCUUCUGGCAAAUCCCAACCAAGAUCUACAACACAGAGGGGCAGUCAUUAUAUACAAUCUGAUGAAUUGUUCUAAAGAUACUGCUACUAGAAUCAUUCAAACCGACAUUAUGGAAGUUUUAAUGGCACUUACCAAGAGUGAGUUGGUUCAGAAUGAGAAAGUUAAAAAAUUAGCUGCUGAUGCUUUAGAAGCAGCUGCCAAAUGGAAAAUUGUGGAAAAACUUGAUAAUAUAUCAUCAGUACCACCUACGUCAAAUGAUUCUCAUGAUCACGUCGAAUAAUUUUUUUUUAAUUUAAAUAAGGAUUGUAAAUACUCAUUGCCGUCAUUUAAUUGUAGAAUGCUUUGAUUUUUCAAAAAGUAUUUGAUCUUUUUCUUUUAGAUGCUGAGCUGUAAAAGUAUUAUUAUACUAUAUUUUUGAAAAAUUAAAACAUUUAUCAGUGUAGCCACAGAAAGCUUUUUUUUUGACUAAGAAACAUACAAAAUAUUGUGCCUUGAAAUUAUUUUAAAA